GCAGCGCCGGGUAUAAAAGAAGGCCGCGCAGCCACGGCUGCUCACGAGGCCGCGGAUACCGGAGCCUGUGUGUGUCGGGGACCUCGGUGAGGCCGCAGGACGAGCAGGAUUGGAAGCGCCUCGGCCGGAAAGUGACCUCCCAACCCCUUUCAGGACCCUGUGAAAGGGAACAGCCAUCCAGAGGGCUCAGGAAGGCGUCCGCGCCGUCACCUCUUCUCCCCAUGAGCUCCCCCAGAGCUGCGGUGCAGCCGGGCAGAGCUCAGCCUGCAGGCGAAGCGGUGACGGCAGCAAACCAAACAGCCCAGCGGCCCAGCAGCCCAGCCGUGCGGCACCUCACAGUCGAUGACUUUGAAAUCGGGCGUCCCCUGGGCAAGGGGAAAUUUGGGAAUGUGUACCUGGCUCGGCUCAAGGAAAGCCAUUUCAUUGUGGCCCUGAAGGUUCUCUUCAAGUCGCAGAUAGAGAAGGAAGGGCUGGAGCACCAGCUGCGCCGGGAAAUUGAGAUCCAGGCGCAUCUACAACACCCCAAUAUCCUGCGCCUGUAUAACUAUUUCCAUGAUGCACGCCGGGUGUACCUGAUUCUGGAAUAUGCUCCGAGGGGGGAGCUCUACAAGGAGCUGCAAAAAAGCGAGAAAUUAGAUGAACAGCGCACAGCCACGAUAAUAGAGGAGUUGGCAGACGCCCUGACGUACUGCCAUGAGAAGAAAGUGAUUCACAGAGACAUAAAGCCAGAGAACCUGCUACUGGGGCUCAGGGGUGAGGUGAAGAUUGCAGAUUUUGGCUGGUCUGUGCACACCCCCUCCCUGAGGAGAAAGACAAUGUGUGGGACACUGGACUACUUGCCCCCAGAAAUGAUUGAGGGAAGAACAUAUGAUGAAAAGGUGGAUUUGUGGUGCAUUGGAGUGCUCUGCUAUGAGCUGCUGGUGGGAUAUCCACCCUUCGAGAGCGCCUCCCAUAGUGAGACUUACAGACGCAUCCUCAAGGUAGAUGUGAGGUUUCCACUAUCAAUGCCUUUGGGGGCCCGGGACUUGAUUUCCAAGCUUCUCAGAUACCAGCCCUGGGAGCGACUGCCCCUGGCCGAGAUCCUGAAGCACCCCUGGGUUCAGGCCCACUCCCGAAGGGUGCUGCCUCCCUGUGCUCAGGUGGCUUCCUGAGCCCUGUCUGCCUCUGUUCCUUUGUGUGUGUUCAGGGAGCUCUCCUGGCUCUGCCACCUCAUUUGUCUUUAUUUUUUUUCUCUUUUAAGAUGUAAGAUGCUAAUUAAUAAAAACCGAAUCAUUUCGUACCA